AUGGAAGGAACGGCCGUUGAAACCGACUUACCAAUAGAAGAAGUCAAAGAUGAUGAAAUACCGGACUUAGUAGAAACAAUUCCUGUAGGUUUUGCCACUUUACUUGACCAGGGGCAAAACGGAAACAUUUCAUCGAUGGAAGGACAAUUUAGCAUGGUACAAAAAAGGAAAAGAAAUUACCAUGAUGUUGGAAUGGUAUCAGAAGAACUUGAAAAUAAUGUUACAGAGCAAAAACAUCGCAAGAAACAUAGGAGUGUAACAAAUGCAGAAGUACGUAAAGUUCCAGUACCGCCACAUCGUUACUCACCACUGAAAGAGCACUGGGCAAAAAUUGUUUUACCAGUCGUCAAGCAGUUGCAUCUGCAAAUAAGCAUGAUAGCGGCUGAGGAUUUCGUCCGUGCUUUCGUUCUGGGUUUCGAUGUUGAUGAUGCGUUGGCACUAAUUAGACUGGAUCAUUUAUUCUUAGAAAGUUUUGAAAUUAAUGAUGUUAAGCCACUGAAGGGAGAGCACUUGUCACGCGCUAUCGGACGAAUUGCUGGAAAAGAUGGGCGAACUAAAUUUACGAUUGAAAACAUAACUAAGACUCGUAUUGUGCUUGCAAACAGCAAAAUUCAUCUGCUUGGUGCUUAUCAAAAUAUCCGGAUAGCCAGGAAUGCAAUUUCUUCUUUGAUCAUGGGUAGUCCACCAUCAAAAGUAUAUGGUAAUUUACGAAAUCUUGCAAGUCGGGCAAGUGAACGCCUGUGA